CAAUAUAUAUUCACAUGUACAAUAAUAACACUACAAAUCAUAUAAAACACGAAACCCUAAAUAGUGUGGUAGAGAGAGAGAGAGAGAGAGAGAGAGAGAGAGAGAAAGAGAGAGAGAGAGAGAGAGAGAGAGAGAGAGAGAUGAACAAAUGGUUGGGAUUUUCUUUGACACCUCAUUUGAGAACUUGCGAUAGAGAAGAAGAAAAAGACGAAGAAGAACUUAGGCACAACGGUUCAGAUGGGUCUCUCUUCUUCGCCGAUCCUCUCACACAUCAUCCUUCUGUGGGGAGAUAUGAUAUUAACCUUGAUCACCAUCAUCAUCAUGACGAGGAAGUGCCAAACUCUCAUCAAACCGAGUAUCCUAUGAACCAUAACCAAACCAAUAUCAAUUGCACCACCGUGAUUAACGAAUUGUACCCACCCGGUUACCUCCUCCACGAACAAACCGAAGUUACACCACAAUACCCGAACUUAGUCCUUGAUUAUGGAGCUUUUGAGAGGGUUGGUUCGGUCUCGGAUCUCAAAUCUUGGUUAAGGCAAGACACUCCAACAUUUCCACUCUCAAAUACUUACGUUACUGAAGAGGGUGGUACGAGCAAUACUAUUAGUCAGUUGAGUAACGAAGAGACUGGUUACUAUAACACCAGUGGCUCGAUGCUAUCAUUGGCUUUGAGCCAUGGCGCUUGUUCUGAUUUGAUCAACGAAUCAAAUGUAUUGUCUGUGCCGGUGGAAGAACCGGUUAAGGUAGAUGAGAAGCGGAAGAGAUUGGAUGGUAAAUCUCAGGUGGUGAAGGAAACAGUUCCUCGGAAAUCGGUUAAUAGUUUAGGACAAAGAACUUCGCAGUAUCGUGGAGUUACAAGGCAUAGAUGGACAGGGAGGUAUGAAGCUCACUUAUGGGAUAAUAGCUGUAAGAAAGAGGGACAGACAAGAAAAGGAAGACAAGUGUAUCUUGGAGGGUAUGAUGAGGAGGAGAAAGCAGCGAGGGCUUAUGAUUUAGCGGCUCUGAAGUAUUGGGGUCCUACCACUCACUUAAAUUUCUCUUUAAGUAAUUACGAAAAGGAGAUCGAGGAACUCGAUAACAUGAAUAGGCAAGAAUUUGUUGCCAUGUUGAGGAGGAACAGUAGUGGGUUUUCUAGGGGAGCUUCCGUUUACAGAGGAGUUACAAGGCAUCAUCAACAUGGAAGAUGGCAAGCUAGAAUCGGAAGAGUUGCUGGAAACAAGGACUUGUACCUUGGCACAUUUAGCACGCAAGAAGAAGCAGCAGAGGCUUAUGAUAUCGCGGCAAUAAAAUUCAGAGGCUUAAACGCUGUAACCAAUUUCGAUAUAAACAGAUAUGACGUGAAGAGGAUAUGUUCAGCAAGCUCUGCGAUUGCCAAUACCGACCAGGCCAAAGGUUCUCCCUCCGGACAAGAACGACCACCAUGAAAUUUCUCGCCGGAGAGACUUCUUUUCCCGCGGUUUGUUAGAUGAGUCUUUUCAAUAUAUCAUUAUGGUUUAAUAAACGUUUAAAAGUUAGGCCUAUAUAUUAUAUAUAUACAACAUUUUUAGCAAAUUAUAGGUUAUCAUUAUCAGAAUCCAGGAUUACUAUAUAUGAUAUCCUUUGAUAGUAAUGUUAUUAUUUUCGGCAUGAACUGAAAAUGAAAAUUGUUGUUUUUAUUCGACAUAGAAUCAAUUGAACAUUUUUUU